GGAAGUGAGCUGCAACCUCCUCAUAUAUGCGGGCAGAGUGGUCGAUGCAUUCAUUCAUUUGCAUCAUUCUUUUUUAAAAGACAUGCAGAAUGUACUCGUGUUAGUGCUGCUGGCACUGCUACUGCAGGUGGCCGUUGGCGCCCGUAAGGACGAAGGCGUUUACCUGAAAGUCAAACCCAAGGACCGCACCUUGCCUCAGGUCAACCAGAAGCUCAGCGCCUCACAAUGGACCAAACUGACGGAGGCCAACAAACCCAAGGUUGAUGAUCCUAAAGCAGACCCAAUCGUCCAACCAAUUGUCGCGGGUACAGCGUUCUCGCUCUCUGGCAUCAGCAAGGAAAUCGUGGGCGGCUCGUUGGCCACCCUGGGCCAGUUCCCGUGGCAGACGCUGCUCUUCAUUGACAACACCUGGCUGUGCGGAGGUUCCCUCAUCCUCUCGCAAUGGGUCAUGACGGCAGCCCACUGCACAGGGGCCGCGUACGACGUGAUCCUGGGCACCAUCAGCCAGAACACCCUGUCCUCUGGCUACAUGUGGCUCACCUCGACCGUCAACUUCACCCACGAACUGUACAAUGACGUGAACCUCAACAAUGACAUCGCCCUCAUCAUGCUCGACUCUCCCAUUACUUUCACUGCGAGCAUUUCACCGGUGAAGUUGCCGUCCAUGACCGACGCUGCUCGAGAUUUGACGAGUCUCCUGUUCACCGUCAGCGGCUUCGGCAGAACCGCGGAUGGUUCUGCUACAAGUCCCGAUCUCAGGUUCACUCAGUUGACGGUCGUUUCUAAUGCGCAGUGCGCGACUUACUUUGGAGCUUCGAUCGUCGUUGCUUCAACCAUUUGCACCAAACAAUCUGGAGCUUCCACUUGCCAGGGUGACAGUGGCGGGCCUUUAAUAUUCAAAGACGCCGGCACCAACAACCUUUGGGUGCAGUUCGGCGUGGUCUCGUUUGGCUCCUCUCUAGGGUGUCUGCAGGGGUACUCGGGAUUCACCAGAGUGACCUCCUACCUCGGCUGGAUGUCCAAUAAAAUUGGCCAAGACGUGUCUGGCACCACUACUCAGGCGCCAACAACCACCGCGGCCAGCUCAACGCAGACACCGUCAACAAUAAUGAGCGCAACCAGCACCAGCCAGAGUACAUCAUCAUCUGUGACUCAAACGACGUCCACUCCCAAGGUGACGACUACGAAAAAGACUUCCACAAUAAAGACGACAACAACGCGAACACCCAAGACUACAACCACACGCACUCCGAAGACGACAACAACACGCACCCCAAAAACAACAACAACCAAAAGAAAUAAAACCACGGAUAGGUCAAGAUCGAGGACCGACCAUUAAACGGCUCGUUUCUGUCAUUUGUAAAAUGCUCUUGCUUAA